AUGGAGCACGGCUGGCUGCACUGGCCGUUUUGGUCCCCGUACAAGCUCUACGGCGAGGUCGACCACGUCUACGGCUGGAAGGCCUUUCACGCAAAGAGCGGCUUCACCGCCGCCCAGGGCGCCCUCAACGCCGUCGAGACCGUCAUGUAUCUCGUCUACGCCUGGGCGUUUUUUACAAAAGCCGUCGACGACGCCGGCGUGGGCGGCAAGAGGGCCGUGACGGGCCGCCGCGGUGCCCAGGCUGUCCUGAUUGGCUUUAGCGCGGCCGUCAUGACGCUCUCCAAGACGAUUCUUUACUGGCUCAACGAAUACUAUAGCGGCUUUGACAAUAUUGGCCAUAAUGACCUCGUCAGCCUCAUCUUUCUAUGGAUUAUUCCCAACGGCGCUUGGCUUGUCGGCUCGACCUGGAUGAUUUACUCCCUUGGGGGCGACAUUCUACGGGGGAUCGAGGCUGCCUCCCACGUCAAGGAUGAGUAG